AUGGGGGUGAUGUUAGGGCAAUAUAAUGACCAAGGAAAAGAGAAGACCAUCUAUUGCAUCAGUAAGACAUUGGUUGACUAUGAAAUACGAUACUUGGAUGUGGAAAAACAUUGUCUAACCUUAGUGUGGGCAACUCAAAAGUUGAGGCUUUAUGUGCUUUCUCAUACCAUCAAGCUGAUAUCCAAGAUGGAUCCACUCAAGUACCUGCUAGAAAGACAUGUUCUAAAUAAACAAUUAGCCAAAUGGAGAAUGCUCCUAAGAGAAUUUGAUAUUGAAUAUGUUACUCAUAAAUCAGUCAAGGGGCAAGCAAUUGCCGAUCACUUAGCUAAGCAUGCCUUACCUGACUGCGUCCCCAUCAAAAAGGAUUUCCUUGAUGAGGACCUCUUUGUCACUAAGGAUCUCACUUGGGAGUUAUACUUUGACGGGGCUAGGAAUGAAUUCGGCAAUUGUUUCACAGUCAUCCUAUGCUCUCCAGAGAAAAUAAUGUUUCCAACUGCUAUAAGGCUCAAUUUUCCUUGUACAAGCAACAUUGCAGAAUAUGAAUCCUCAAUAGCUGGUCUCGAGAAUGCCCGUGAACUCCAAAGUGAACAAUUACGGGUCGUGGGUAACUCUUUUCUUAUAAUAAAUCAAAUCAACAGAGAAUGGAAGGUUAGAGACAAAAAGCUCCAGCUCUACCAGGACUUAGUUGCAAAGUCGUCAAAAUGCUUCAAAAGAGUAACCUUUCAAUAUGUGACUCGAGAAAACAACUGGUUCGCCGAUACCUUGGCUACUCUCGCACCAAUGGUAAACAUUCCUCCCCAAAUGAGUGUUCAACCAUUCUACAUUAGACACAAGAGUAAUCUUUCUCCUCCCAAGAUGGAUUCAGAAAAAGAAGAUCAAGAAUCAGAGAGGGAAGAAGAAAUGUUCACCCUCGGGGCCAACCAGAUAGUCAAAACUAAGCCCUGGAAUCAUGAUGUAUCAGUCUUACUCAAAGAUAGAACGUAUCCAGAAGGAGCCUCAAAGAGAGACAGGGAUACCUUAAGAAGAUUCUCAAUCAACUGUUUGAUCGAAGACGACAUCAUUUACAAGAAGUCCUUUGAAGGAAUCCUCCUAAGGUGUAUUGACCAACCAGAAGUCAACAUGGUACUUAACGAACUACACAACGAAAGAGGACACGUAGAGGCAACACUCUUAGCUCAUAAAGUCAGAAGACAAGGAUCCUAUUGGACUACUAUAGCGGAAGACUGUUGGAAAUAUGUAAAUAGAUGUCCUAAAUGUCAAGUUUAUGGGGAUCUCAUACAUGCCCCUUCCAUGCCACUCAAUUCAACAUCUCUACAAGAGCUAAAAGAAAUCAAACCCCUAAAUAUUCUAAGGGGACCACCUUGGCCACUUUCACUGGAUUUUCUGAAUAACCAGCCUAUAUGGGAUGAAGAACUAAACAUUAAAGAUAAAAUCAUAUUAUUCCCUAAAGAGAAAAGAUCCAAAGAAAAUGAUAGGGGCAGAGGCAUGAUUCCACUACGUGGAGCACCCACAUUCAAAGAAAAGAAGAAGAUCCAACAGUAG